AUGACCAAGGAGACGCUUGAUUCGGACAGGGUCAACUACAUGAUCUGGAGAUACCUCAUAGAAUCAGGUUACGAAGAGUCUGCCGUUCGGCUCCAAAAGGAGUGGAACCAUCCAGAUCCGCAGCAACUCUCAUGUGCGCCCCAUGUACCGAAUCAUGCACUAGUGGUCCUGCUAAACAGAGGCCUCAUCUACAAUGUAAAUGCGAGAGAAAAUCCCCAGGUGAAUAUUGGAGAAUCUGAGACGGUGCCUGGAUUUUUCGGACCGUUGACGCCAACUUCCCCACCAGCUGAGGCUGCGGCUGCAGCUGCAACUGGCGAGGAAAACGAAAAUGCCCGAAAACGUGCAAUUGACCACGAGCAAGCGCAAAUCGGCAAUGGACCACCAACAAAACGCCCUCGUCACAGCAAUGGCGGCUACGAAAAUGGAAACGGAUUUGAUCCUACUGCCAUGGAUGUGGACGAGGAGCCGCAGCACGGUGACGAGAAUGCAUACCCGUCACCUGAGCAGCUGCCUUCGCCGGCCGUCGUCACGAUUGGCCCGGACCAAGGUACGCAAAUUGAGAAAGUGAGCGAGUUAUCAACAGAGACGAUGUUCCUCGAAUUGUCAAACGACCCGGCUUCUCGAAACGCCGUUUUAUUGCAAUGCGAGUGGAACCCGCGAGAUCCAAAGAUCUUGGCAGGUGCGGGUACCGAUGCGCUAGCGCGCAUGUGGACCCUGUCCCGUACGGCAGCCGGUCCAGACACAGAAACAGACCCUGAAAUCCAACGGAAACCUCUCUUCCAACCCCACCAUACUCUGUUGGAUGCAGACGCCCUCCCUUCAACACAGGUCACCGGCUUGUCCUGGUCGUCCGACGGUGAGGCUAUAGCCGUGGCAAGUGAACCGAUGGAGGAGGGCACUGCCAAGAUAGAAUUCUGGGAUCAGGAAGGCAAUGCCUUCGCCUCGUUCAAUACGUUCGAAUCCCCUGUUAUAUUUCUCCGCUGGAAUCCCUCGAACCAGUCCUGUCUCGCACUAAGCACCGAAAAUGAAGGGAAGGGUACAAUGAUCACUGUCAUGUACCCUGGGGAAAAUGAGUCAACCCGCCACUCCCUGCCGACCCAUUCGUUGCACGAGCAAGAACCCCUCGAUGCAGCAUGGACGGCCAACGAGGAGUUCGUCCUCUGUGGCGGUGAUUACCUGCAAACAUUUCAGAUUGUGGAGAGAGUAAUCUCUCCAGGGAGAAAGUAUGAGACCCGGGAAAGACAUGGCCUGUCGAAGAUCACGUAUGAUUGGCGAUCUCAGUUGCUUGCAACUGCUAGUGCUAAUGGCAUAAUUGAUAUAUGGGAUUACAAGGGCCAAUGUCAGUCGCUCACUGCACACCAAGGCCAGAUUACUGCUCUACUUUGGCAACCUAUUCCAGUUCCGGCAGCUCUUCGAGACGAUUCCGAGAGAUUGCUGGCCUCAGCUGGUGAGGAUGGAGCCAUAAGCAUAUGGAAUGCCCGUUCGAUGGAGACUAAGUGUCGAAGCUCGAUGACAAUGGGGUCUGCCGUGGCAUGUCUUGCAUUCUCUCCAGAUGGAGCAUUCAUCGCUGGUGGGACAUCAGAACGCAUAUUCAUCUGGAAGGUCGAUGAUCCAACUCUUCCACGGGCAACUUGGAUCGGAUGCGAUCAAUUGGGCUGGCGAACCCCACAGUCCCAGGACUCAGUUGCAGAAGAAACGCAAUACUGCUUGUCCUGGGAUAGCAACGGGCAGAAGCUGGCUUACGGCUUUAAUACCUCGGAGAUAUUUAAAGACGAACCUGAGCCAAGAUACGGCUCACAACCCACUUAUCAAAGUGGAGUCACGAUGGGAGGCAGCGUGGAGUGCCGACCUUUGUACGGAAUGAUUAGCGUUGCUGGUCUGUAUUGUAUGAAUGAAGAAAACCAAGGGCCAAGAGUCAAGAUGAAGGGCCAAGGCGACUGGCGGUAG